UGUAAGUGAGAAAGGAUAGAAAUCUGGAUGGCAAUUAAGCCCGGCACACGCAAAUUGUAGCGUUGAACCAAAUUGCAGCGUUUCAGGUGCAACGCAGAAGACGGCUAUUUUGGGUGGGGGCUGCACAGCACAUGUCAAAGUGACUUUCUAUUUUAGGUGUGCUUGUACUGGGAAGGGGUUUAUUUGCAACAGAAAUAUCUCAACCCAAAAUACAGGUACGGAUUGUUUUGGUAACGCUCACAUUUCGCUGAGCUAGGCCGGUAGAACAACGAUCAGAAUGACGUUACGUCGCCACGUAGGAUUACACGUAGUUGCGCAAAACCAGAAAAAUUAACCGAUGGAUUUUUGCUGUGUGGACACACGCUUAAUUGUACAAACGUCUGCCAACGUAACUUGGAACAAAACUGGGUGCGUUCUAUCAUAGCUUUAUUAAACAAAGGUAACCCUUUAAGUUGAGUGAGGACUGAUCCGAACGGAUGGCGUGUGAAUGUGGCCAUAUAAUGAUAAAAGCCAAGAAGCAAGACUGGCCCCACGUGAAUACAUACGUACCUUACCACGGUAGAACAACUUAGUCCUACAUACGCAAUGGCGUUUGGUAGCAAGGCGGAGUUGGUGAUAGAAGAAUAUAAUGCAAAUCCUAGAAAGUGGCGGAGACAACGAAAACACUUCAUUUUUGCGUUAUGUUUGGCUGGAGUGGUGAUUCUGGGACUCAUUGUUAUACUAUCUCUAGAAGUUGCAGGAAUUGCUCGCAUUGGAGGCGCAGUGAACGAGAGGAUCAACGAAGGAGGGAAUACAGACGCAAGGGUGGGGACUACUCCAUCCCCGGACACGCUUUCCCAAACGUGUCUAACCCCGGAAUGUAUAAGGGCGGCCAAUGUCCUCGUCUCUGGACUAGAUCCCAGCGUCGAUCCCUGUCAAGAUUUUUGGCAGUUCUCCUGCGGGGGAUGGCUGAAAAAGAACCCAAUUCCGGCGGACCAACGCUACUGGGGGAUAGACAGCACCAUGGGAGAGACCAUCAAAAGUACCCUUAAAACCAUGCUAGAAACGCCGAUUAUGAGAGACGGCGAGUUAUCAUCGGAGAGAAAAUUUAAGCAGUUUUAUCAGAGUUGUAUGGACACGGAGGCGAUAGAUAAACUUGGAAAAGAACCCGCUGAGAAAAUGAUAGAAAACCUUGGUGGAUGGGCGCCUUUAGGUGAUUGGAACGCCACCUUGUGGGAUUUUUCCACAGCUUUGAUAACAGCGCAAUACACAUUUGACAGGAGCGUUCUCUUCCGAUUCUACAUCACCGCAGACGACAGAAAUUCUACUCGUAAUAUUAUUCAGAUUGACCAAGGCGGCUUAACAACGGACAGAAGCUAUUACUUUGAAAACGAAACCACAAGCACCUUCUAUAUAGCCUACAAAGAAUUCAUGGUGAGAAUAGCAGCUCUCAUGGGUGCAGACGAAAACGCGACAGAACAGUUCGUUCAAGAUAUUAUAACGUUCGAAAAAAGUUUAGCAAAUAUCACCAUUGCCACAGACGCUCCAGAAAGAAUCGACCCCGACUUGCUGUAUAACAAACUGACCCUGGGCGAGCUUAAAGAAUUAUCUCCAUAUGUAGAUUGGGUGUCUUUCUUUGCGCACAACUAUGAUGACAUCACGAACGCUACAGAAGUUAUUAUAACCAACAGAAGAUAUUUUGGAAAUUUAUCGGAAUUAAUAGAUAAUACGGAACCAAAAGUACUAAACAGUUACCUAGUUUGGGUCGUCAUGCGCGGCUAUUUACAUCUCCUUUCAUCUGACUUCCGUGGAGCGAUGGAAGAUUAUCAGAAAGCUAGGAGAGGUACCACAAAAACUCAGGACCGUUGGAAAACCUGCCAGUCAGCCGUAAAUUCACAGUUCGGCUUAGCUCUGGGUGGCCUCUUUGUCGAAGAAUAUUUCUCCCCGGAGAGCAAGACCGAGGCGGAAGAUUUAAUAGCUAGGGUGAAAGACGUAUUUGUUGGACGGUUGGACUCCAUCUACUGGAUGGAUGAGCAAACGAAGGAAGCGGCGAAAGAAAAGGCUUAUUCAAUGAAGUAUAAGAUCGGAUACCCACCCAUGGCCAUCAACACCACUGCCCUUGACGACAAGUACAAAGGGGUGAACAUUAGCUGUGCGGAUUGUUACUUACAAAACGUAUUAGCUAGAAUACCCAAUGAUUACAAAGAAUCGGCAGAGAGACUCAAGAAGCCAGUGGAUAAAAACAGGUGGUACAUGAAUCCACAGGUGGUGAACGCGUAUUACUCGUCCACGUCAAACCAAAUGGUAUUUCCUGCUGGGAUCAUGCAAUGGCCGUUCUUCGAUAAAAACCAGCCAAGGUUUAUGAAUUACGGUAUGAUAGGAGCAGUGGUGGGCCACGAACUGACGCAUGGAUUCGACGACAGUGGAGCAAAAUAUAAUUUGGAUGGUAACCUAGAAAUGUGGUGGCAGUCAGAGGCUUGGUCGGGAUUCGAGGAAAGUACGAAAUGUGUGUCGGAUUACUACUCGACAUAUUCCGUGAAAAACAUGACGGUAAACGGGAAGUUAACUCUCGGAGAAAACAUUGCUGAUAUCGGCGGCCUUUUACAAACGUAUUACGCCUAUAAAAACUGGGAGACAGAAAACGGCCCAGAGCGCACCCUGCCGGGACUGAACAGGACGACACACGAAGCAUUUUUUAUAAGUUUUGCCCAGAGCUGGUGCGGGGAAUACAGACCAAAAUAUCUGAAAACUUUGAUAAGAACAGAUUCUCACGCUCCAGUCAGUGUACGGGUUUUGGGGACUGUCUCUCAGAUGAAAGAAUUUGCUGAAGCUUUCAAAUGCCCCAAAGGCUCUCCCAUGAACCCAGAAGAAAGAUGCUCUGUGUGGUAGCUGACGUCAUAUAUAACUUUGGGUGCAUUAGUUCUGGACAAAGUGACGUCAUGACAACGAUAAAAAACGGACCAUACAUUCCAUGAAAAAGUUGAUAAAUAGAAGCCUUUUAUGCACAGUCAUUUUAUAAUAAUGCACAAGCAGAUUCAAAUGCAUAGAUUAUAUGUACGCAUAAUUUACAUUUACUUGUGUUUUGUCUUACAUUUUUUACCAGCAUGAGUUUGUAUUUAAUGUAAAAAAUUGAAACAAGAGAUAUCAUAUUUAUUAUAAACCGUCUAACAUAUCUCAAUAAAGAACAAAGUUAAAAUAAUGGUGACGAUCUCAAAGAAUACGAGUUUUGUCAAUGAAUAUUAUAAUAGACCUACAUGUUUUAUAGUAGGUCUGUGUUGUAAUGUUGUAUAAAAUAAGAUUUACAAAUGAAUAAAAUAUUAAAAC